AUGCGACGCCACAAAUCGACACGAUAUUCGCUGCUUCUGGCAUUGUUGGCAACGAGUCUUCUGACAUUCAGCACAACUUUUGCCAGCAACAAACCGACUACUGAUGAGAACGGUACCAUCUCUCAGACAAUCUGCGAUGGCGAAGCUGCUGAAUUGAGUUGUCCACCUGGAAAAGUUAUCUCGAUCGUUCUUGGUAACUACGGAAGAUUCUCUGUCGCAGUGUGCCUCCCAGACAGUGAUAUAGUACCCGAAAACACCAUCUGCCAGAAUCCCAAAACCCAGUCAAUAUUGGAAAAGAAAGAACAUUCAUUAGCCGACCUCACUCUGACUACCACCACCACCAUCGGUAACCGUAGCAUCGAAUUAUGCAAUAAUUGCAAGGUUGUCUCUCUCUCCAGAUGUAACGGAAAGCAGACGUGUCGUUUCUUCGUUGACACAUUCUUGUUUGACGACGCGUGCCCGACGAUGAGCAAGUAUCUAGAAGUACAACACGAAUGCCAUGAAGAUGCAAUGGAAACUCCAACUGCGAUUUCAAUGUUGAUAAGAAGACGUUCAAUGAAGAUCCGUGCCCCAAUACCUACCACUACGACACCGACUACAACGACAACAACUACUGCUAGAGAUAUUAGUUCGAUAUUUAACCUAGAAGUAGAAGAGACUCAGAAGGAUGCCCUCAACUCGGACGAUAGUACAAAAACAAAAAAGAAGGAUGUGAUUUGUUCGGCCACAAACAGAAGAGGUGUGAACUGGCAGAACACGAAAGCCGGUACAAGAUCUACUGCACCAUGUCCUGAAGGAUCAAACGGAAAACAGUUGUGGGAUUGUUCAGUGGACGGACAAUGGGCGACUGAAAAUCCGAACAGUGCCGGGUGCGAGAGCGAUUGGGUUUCCGCGAAAAGCAGUUUUUUAUCUCAAGUCAUCAAUGCUGAAGAUGCUUCUGGAGUACCCGAGUUUCUGAGAAAACUAGUUUCUGAAACAAGACGCCCGAUGGUUGGAGGUGAUUUGCCGAAGGUUCUACAUCUCCUCGAAAGAACUGUGAAUGUGAUAGCUGAGGAAAGUUGGGCUUAUCAACACUUGCCACUUUCGAACAAAGGCCUGGUCGAAGUCAUGAACCACGUUCUUCGGAAUCAAGAAAUCUGGGGAAGCUGGGAUGUUCUAAAGCGAAAGGAGUACGUAUCCAGAUUCAUCAAAGCGACUGAGAAGGCUAUGAUAGCAUCAGCAAAAGGAAUGCAGUCAUCUGCAGAGUCGAAUGUGAUCGUGCAACCAGCAAUAACUGUAGAGAUGUCCCACAAAAUCAAAAUCUCAUCGCAACCAAUGGAUUACAUUUUGUUCCCAUCAGAAGCUUUGUGGAAUGGUCUAAACGUGGAUAGUGUGAAUAUUCCCAGAGAAGCUAUACUGAAAGUCAGUCAAGACGAAACACAAGUAUUCUUUUCUUCCUUCGACAAUAUUGGACAUCAGAUGACUCCACUUGAUGUCACCGUUCCAAUCACUGGGACUGACAAAACAGAAGUUCGGAAACGUCGAGUUGUUUCGAGAAUCGUAGGAGCGACGCUGCUUGCAAAUGGCAAAGAGACUCAGGUGGAGAAAUUGGAGAAGCCAGUCAGGAUCGCCUUCUAUCACAAGGAAUCUGCUGUUCGUCACAUGAGCAGCCCAACGUGUGUUUGGUGGAAUCAUCACGAACUGAAAUGGAACCCAUCUGGAUGUCGUCUAUUCUCGCAUAACAAGACGAUGACUUCUUGCGAGUGCACUCAUCUGACUCAUUUCGCAGUGCUCAUGGAUGUUCGAGGUCAUGAGUUGAGUGAAAUCGAUGAGACAUUGCUCACUUUAUUGACCUACGUCGGAUGUAUCAUAUCCAUCGCCUGUCUGUUGCUUACAUUUUUCGCCUACUUGAUUUUCAGCAGAAACGGAGGAGAUAGAGUUUUCAUUCAUCAAAAUCUUUGUCUAUCACUCGCUUUUGCCGAAAUGACAUUCCUUUUUGGAAUCUCGCGAACAGACGAUUCAGUACAAUGUGGAAUUAUCGCAGCGGUUCUAAUGUACAUGUUUCUCGCCGCACUGACAUGGAUGCUUUUGGAAGGAUACCACAUACACCGAAUGCUGACUGAAGUGUUCCCAUCAGAUCCACGACGUGUUACAUAUCUCCUUUUUGGAUAUAUCCCUCCCGCAAUCAUCACUCUUUCUGCCUAUAUGUACAACUCGAAUGGAUUCGGAACUCAACAUUAUUGCUGGCUAACGACACAAAACAACUUCAUCUGGUUUUUCGCUGGCCCAGCUUGUUUCAUUCUUUGUGCGAACACUCUCAUUCUUUUCAAAACUCUGUGUACUGUAUACCAACACACUAGUGGAGGGUAUCUUCCAUGUCGCCACGAUGUCGAUUCGGGAAGAUCUAUUCGCAAUUGGAUCAAAGGAUCACUGGCUUUGGCAAGCUUGUUGGGUGUUACUUGGUUGUUGGGACUGUUUUGGAUCGACGACUCAACAUCUAUUGUGAUGGCGUAUGCGUUCACUAUUUCCAAUUCAUUGCAAGGACUAUUCAUCUUCUUGUUCCACGUAUUAUUUGCUGAAAAAAUGCGCAAAGACUUCGGACACUGGAUGUGCCGGCGUGGAUGUGGAGGAUCGAGCAACUCGUCACCUAAUCAUAAACGUCACAAUGCUCAGCGAGAUUUGAUGUCACCUGGAAUGAACAGUUCUACGGGUAGCGAAUUCCUGUACAACACGAACGACAAGUACCUGAGCAGCUCGGAUACUACGAAUCGAUUGGCAUUUAAUAGAAUGCCUCACCCUAAUCAAAUGUCUGUAUACCAACAACAUCCGCAUCAUCAAAUUUAUGAUCAACAACCAGGAACCUAUGAUUAUGCAACUAUUGCUUAUGGAGACAUGAUGCCUGGACAUCGUAUUGCAGCUCCGCCGGCUUACCAACGUCUCGCUGUUGCCGAAGGACGUUAUGGAAGCCAACAUCAGAUUUAUCAAGGCUGGCAUCAUCGUCCACCUCCAGAAUUCUCGCCCCCUCCACCGCCACCAAGUGCUCCUUCUAUUCCACGUCAGUAUGGAACGACUGGUUCCAGUGGUCGACGUCCCCCAAGCUCAAAAAUGAGUGACGAUUCUGCUUAUUCCGAUGGGUCAUCAUCAAUGUUGACGACCGAAGUGACGCCACAAGGACAAACGGUGCUUCGAAUCGAUCUGAAUAAGCCGAGCAUGUACUGUCAGGAUUUAUAG